AUGGCGGAGGAAGCAGAAAGAGCCGUGGGGGAAUUUGGCCCCCCAGUGGCAACUCCCUCAGCGAUCCGACGUCCUGCUAUUGCAGCCAACAAUUUUGAGAUCAAACCAGCCAUGAUCACCAUGCUGCAGAAUUCAUCUGUAUUUUGUGGUCUACCGAAUGAAGAUCCCAACAUCCAUCUUGCGAUAUUUUUGGAGAUUUGUGAUACGUCCAAGUUCAAUGGAGUAACUGACGAUGCGAUUCGUUUAAGGCUAUUCCCCUUCUCCUUGAAAGAUAAAGCCAAGCUUUGGUUACUGUCACAGCCACAAGACUCCAUCCGUACUUGGGAUGAUUUAUCUAAGAAAUUCCUUGCUAAAUUUUUCCCACCAGCCAAAACUGCAAAAUUCCGACAAGAUAUCAUGUCAUUUGCUCAAUAUGAUAAGGAACCUCUAUAUGAAGCCUGGGAACGAUUCAAAGACUUAUUGCGCAAGUGUCCUCACCAUGAGCUACCAACCUGGAUUCAAGUUCAGACUUUCUACAAUGGGUUGAGUCAAACAAGCAGGACACUAGUUGAUGCAGCUGCUGGAGGGGCUUUAAUGGCAAAAACGGCUACCGAAGCAUUUGAAUUAUUGGAGACCAUGGCAUCCAACAACUACCAAUGGCCAAGUGAGAGAAUGAAUCUGAAGCCAGCUGGGGUCUUGGAAGUUGAUGCUAUGGCUUUGCUAACAGCACAAAUUUCUAACCUUACUAAAAAAGUUGAUUCUUUAAGUGUUAAUUCUAUAAACACUAGUACUAAUUUUGGUUGUGAACUUUGUGCAGGCCCUCAUCCAAGUUCAGAGUGCACCACAGGGAACCCAUUUGCGUCUGCUGAGCAAGUCAAUCAGGUUGGAGAAUUCAAUCGACAAAGGAAUAAUCCUUAUUCCAAUACAUACAACCCCGGUUGGCGAAACCAUCCAAAUUUUUCGUGGAGCAAUACUCAGAAUUUGCAAAGACCACCACCUGGCUUUCCGGCUCAAGAGAAGAAAAUAAAUUUGGAAGAUGCUCUUACUCAGUUGACUAUGUCUACCACCCAAUUCAUGACUGAAACAAAAACUCAAUUUCAGAAUCAGCAAGCUUCUAUUCAGAAUUUGGAGGUGCAAGUUGGCCAAUUAGCUAAUGUCAUAAGUGGAAGAAACCAAGGAGUAUUUCCAAGCCAACCUGAAGUUAACCCGAAAAAUCAAGAACAAGCAAAGGCAAUCACUCUUCGCAAAGGGAAGCAAGUAAAUACAGCGAUCGGCUUGGAAAAAGAAGCAUUAGAGAAAGAAAAAGAAGCUAAGAAGUCUGCGGUAGAAAUGGGGCAUGCAGUUGCACCACCAAUCACCACCACAGAAAAAUCCCAAGAAGCAGAAAAUUCUAUACCAAUUCCUUCUCUUCAAUUGAAGCCAUAUGUCCCACAAAUCCCUUUUCCACAGAGGUUGAGAAAAAAUAAAGUUGAUGGGCAGUUUGCAAAAUUCUUGGAGAUGUUCAGAAAAUUACAGAUCAACAUUCCUUUUGCUGAAGCUUUGGAACAAAUGCCAAGUUAUGCAAAAUUCAUGAAAGACAUUCUCUCCAAGAAGAGGAAAUUUGGAGAGCACGAGAAAAUCCAACUAACAGAAGAGUGCAGUGCCAUCUUACAACGGAAGCUUCCACCAAAACAAAAAGAUAGAGGGAGUUUUAAAAUUCCAUGCACUAUUGGAAAUAAUUUCUUUGAAAGAGCUUUAUGUGAUUUGGGUUCUAGCAUUAACUUACUACCUUUAUCUGUUGCUAAAAAGAUUGGUAUUGGUGAAAUUAAACCCACUACUGUUUCUUUGCAGAUGGCGGACAGGUCAAUCACAUACCCAGAUGGAAUUAUAGAAGAUGUUCUAGUAAAGGUUGAUACACUCAUAUUUCCGGCGGAUUUUCUAGUUUUGGAUAUGGAAGAAGAUUCUGACACGCAGCUAAUUUUGGGCCGCCCAUUCCUGAUUACUUCACGCACUCUAAUUGACGUAGAAGAAGGCUUACUAACUUUGAGAGUUGGGAAUGAACAAGCGACAUUCAAAGUUUUUGAAGCAAUUAAAUUUCCAAGAGAAGCGGAGGAUUGUUUUCACAUGGAAUUAAUAGAUGAAAUUGCUUCAGACACAUGGAAUUAG